CAUAAUAAAAUAUAUAUAACAGCAAUCAAUUAUAAGAUUAGUUAUCUUAUAAGUAGAGACAGAGAAAAAAGUAAUAAUAACACAUUGGGAAGCUGAUUAGUAUGGGGAAGGAGGUAGCCAUUAUUGGAGCUGGAACAAGUGGCCUCUUAGCUUGUAAAUACGUUCUUUCGAAGGGUUUCCAGCCCAUUGUUUUCGAGUCACGUAGUGGUGUGGGAGGUCUAUGGACCAAAACCAUAGAGACAACUAAGCUCCAAACUCCAAAGCCUUUCUACCAAUUCUCAGAUUUCCCAUGGGAUUCGUCGGUGGAGGAGAUGUUCCCUGACCAACAUCAAGUCUUGGAUUACAUGGAAUCCUACGCACGCCAUUUCGACCUGGUGAGACACAUCAAAUUCAACACAGUGGUUCGUUCGCUUGAAUAUGAUACUUCCGACCAAGAUAUGCAACACUGGGCUCUUUGGGGCGGUGAUGGUGAGGCCUGUGGCUCUCGAGGGAAGUGGAAUCUCGUUGUUCAAGAACAAACCAAAGCCGUUGAUGAGGUUUACACGGUGGACUUUGUGAUCCUUUGCAUUGGACGAUUCAGCGACUUGCCAAACAUUCCAGACUUCCCUUCAAAGAAAGGACCUGAUGUCUUUCAUGGACAAGUCAUUCAUUCAAAGGAUUAUGCCGCCAUGGAUUUCAAAGCUGCUACUGAAUUUGUCAAAGCCAAGCAAGUUACUGUCGUAGGCUUUCAGAAAUCUGCUCUCGACAUAGCAAUGGAGGUUUCCACUGUAAACGGGGUGGAAAAUCCUUGCACUGUGUUAUACAGAACAGAACACUGGAAUAUUCCAGAUUUCACUCCAUGGGGUUUUCCUUUAGCUAAUUUAUACCUUAAUCGCUUCUCUGAAUUACUUGUUCAUAAGCCUGGCGAAGGCUUUUUACUGGGUCUCUUAGCUACCUUACUGUCUCCAAUGAAAUUGGCAUUCUCAAAAUUUGUGGAAAGUGGCAUAAAGCAUAAACUUCCAUUGGAGAAGCAUGGAAUGGUACCCAAGCAUAGCUUUCAUCAAGGAAUAAAUGCAUGUUCAUUGGCAUCAGUGCCUGAAAAGUUUUAUGACAGAGUUGAAGAAGGGAGCAUUAUUUUAAAGAAAGCACCCACUUUCAGUUUCUGCAAGGAAGGUAUUUUGAUUGAGAGUGAAAUCAAUCCAAGAAAAACUGAUGUGGUAAUACUGGCCACUGGAUAUAAGGGUGACCAAAAGCUUAAAGACAUCUUUACUUCCCCAACUUUUCAAGACUACAUUGUUGGAGACCCUAGUGCAACAUUGCCCCUAUAUAGGGAAUGCAUUCACCCAAAAAUUCCACAGCUAGCAGUGAUUGGAUACUCAGAAGGUUUGUCAAACUUGUUCACCUCAGAGAUGAGAUGUCGAUGGCUAUCAGAGCUUUUGGACAGGACUUUUAAGCUACCUAAUAUCAAAGAAAUGGAGGAGGAUGUAGGUAAAUGGGAUGAGUACAUGAAGCGUUACUCUGGUCAGUACUACAGGAGAUCAUGCGUAGCUGCUAUCCAAAUAUGGUACAAUGACCAAUUGUGCAAGGACAUGGGUUGGAACCCUAAAAGAAAGAAGGGCAUCUUUGCAGAAUUAUUUGAGCCUUAUGGACCAAUGGAUUAUGUUUCACCUUAAUUAAUGUCACUCAUCACCACCCUUGUCAUUUACAACUUCUUUUGAUAGUAUCACCAUGUUAUUCUCUUUUAUGACUCGUUUUCAUACUAAAAAAGAAUGUAAUUGAAAUACUUAUAUUUAUGAAAUUUUUAUUUAAAGAAUAAUGUUUUAAAAUAUUUUCAU